AGGUUGGGAUGCAGUGCGCGACUGAAGGAUGUGUUAUCAGGCGGUGAGAAGCAACGCAUGGGAAUGGCAAGACUCUUCUACCAACAGCCUAAGUUUGCUCUGCUGGACGAAUGCACCAGUGCCGUGAGCAUCGACGUGGAAGGCAAGAUUUUCCAGCGGGCCAAGGAUGCGGGGAUCAUCAUGCUGACGAUCACGCACAGGCCUUCGCUCUGGAGUUCCACACCCACCUGCUCCAGUUUGACGGCGAGGGUGGCUGGCGCUUAGACGAGCUCAACAUCACCAAGCGUCUCUCCCUCAACGAGGAGAAGCAGAGGCUUGAGACGCAGCUGUCCGGCGUGCCGGGCAUGCAGGACCGUCUGGACGAACUCUGCGAGAUUCUCGGCGAGGACUCGGUCCACAGGACCCACAAGACCUCUGAGCGGUCCAUCGACUCGUCGGACGACCAGGAGGUGGACAUUCCGGGCACAGAAAGUGACCAAUAAGAGUGGAGGCAACCAGUCAAAAGGGAGUGUGUAAGUGAGUUUGUUUCUGCAGUAGAAACGUUGAAAAAUACGUCACACAAUAGGGUCCCCAAUUCCCGAAGGUCCCCAAUUUGGCGAUUUGUACAAAACAUAUGGGAGGUCUUCCUAAAAAGUUAAAUUACAAGCAAAAGAGGGACAAUAGGGGGUCCCCAAUUGCAGGCAAAUACACACUUGCGUGUUGUUGUAUAAAAAUAGCAUUUUCUGGUUGUUUUUGUCAGGCCGAACAAAAAGUUGUUGUGUUGCCCUCACCAGACGGACCUAAAACCUGGAAAUCCAUAGGCGUUUUUUUAAUUUUUAUUGAAACAAAUUAAAUGAACUUUUUUAACCUUGCCGUUACUUGUUCUUUGUAAAGCCAUUAUUUUGCAUUUCUUACAUAAGUAAUUUUGCAAAACGUACAUAAGUAAAUGGUAGUACAGUUUGAAUUUACCAUAUUUUGUACGUGCAACCGUUGGGUAGGAAACAGGCCGAGUCCUGGGGCAUGUGUGUGAUGCACUGCAUACCGUCGUACACUUGUGUACAUGCACUGUACAUUGUAUUGCAUGCAUACUAUAUGUACAUGUACGCAGCAUAGUUGGGGCGUGCAGUUCAUUAUAGCCUGAGCAUUUUUGUGUACGUUGGUAGUGGGGAACUGGUAAUCGAAUGGAAUUAUUGACAAAAUAUUGGUCAUAAGCUUCGAGAAAAUGGGACAUGUUGACUGGAAAAUUAAACAAAUUAAACUGUUUAAAGGGAAGAUACAACAUUUGCAAACAUCAAAAAACG